AACAAAAUUUUGCUCACGUCAGAGAUGUAUUUAAAAUAUCUCUGUGCAAAAAGCCUGCCACCAUUGUGAGGGGAUAGAGUUCAGAGAUCCAGAUGGAGAAGCAGAGCAAUGUCCAUGCCCCAAGAGUGAAGCUGGGAAGCCAAGGACUAGAGGUCUCCAGGUUGGGCUAUGGCUGUCUUGGUCUCACUGGGCUCUACAAUCCUCCAGUCUCAGAGGAACAUGGGAUAUCCAUCAUCAUCCAAGCAUUUCUCAAAGGCAUCACCUUCUUUGACACUGCAGAUGUUUAUGGUCCUCAUUCCAAUGAGAUCCUCAUUGGAAAGGCAUUGAAGCAGUUACCAAGAGAGAAGAUUCAAUUGGCUUCUAAAUUUGGGAUUGAGAAUUUUGAUGGCAGCUCUCUGGUGAUCAAUGGGAGACCAGAGUAUGUGAGGGCUUGUUGUGAGGCCAGCCUCAAGCGCCUUGAUGUGGCUUACAUUGAUCUUUAUUAUCAGCACCGUGUUGACAAGUCUGUUCCAAUUGAGGAUACUGUGGGUGAGAUGAAGAAAUUGGUUGAAGAAGGGAAAGUGAAGUACCUUGGUUUGUCAGAGGCCAGCCCGGAUACCAUCAGGCGUGCUCAUGCAGUGCAUCCCAUUUCUGCAGUUCAAAUGGAAUGGUCUUUGUGGACUCGUGAUCUUGAACAAGAGAUUGUUCCACUUUGCAGGGAACUUGGGAUUGGUAUAGUUACAUACUGUCCCCUUGGUAGUGGGUUUUUUGCCGGGAAAGCAGUUGUCGAGAAUUUGCCUUCUGAAAGUAUUUUGGCUUGGCACCCAAAGUUCUCUGGAGACAACUUUGAGAAGAACAAGGUUCUGUAUGCCUGUUUAACUAACCUGUCCGAAAAGCAUCAUUGUACCCCAAGCCAGUUAGCUUUAGCUUGGCUUCUUCAUCAAGGCAGUGAUGUUGUUCCCAUCCCAGGUACUACAAAAAUGGAGAACUUGGAGAACAACAUUGGAUCAUUAAACAUAAAGCUCACAGGAGAAGACUUGAAGGAAAUUUCUGAUGCCUUACCUGCAGAAGGUUUUGCUGGUGAGAGAUUAACUGGGCCAUUCGCAGCAUACAUCUGGCAAUGCGCAAACACACCAGCAAAAAUAUGGGAGAUGAAUAAAGGUCGAACGGAAAAAUGAGGCUGUGUGCCCCAGUCCAUAAAUGAGGAUGAAAACGAGGGCAUCAAGGAGGAAAACUUUUGCACUAUAAUAAAUAUUCAUAACAAAUUUUUCACGAUAAAUUUUGUGAUAAUAAAUUUAUGAAUGCUCUCUCGCCACUUCUUGUGGGGUUUUGUUGUU